CAGAGGCACUGCACUCAGAUCAGGAUAUAUUACAGGUGACAACAUUUAGCUGUGCACGUGCCCCUGGGUGAAUACACCAUGGGUAAUCAGGUGGUCAGGGAUAACUUUGAAUGGGUGUAUACAGACCAACCACACUCCGACAGAAGGAAAGAGAUUCUGGCUAAAUAUCCACAAAUCAAGACCUUAAUGGGACCUGACCCACAGCUUAAAUGGACUGUCAGCUGUAUGGUGUUUGUUCAAAUCCUUUGCUGUUACCUCGUCAAGGAUCUGUCUUGGAAGUGGUUGAUUUUUUGGUCCUAUGCUUUUGGUGGUGUGAUAAACCAUUCACUCACUCUUGCCAUUCAUGACAUUUCUCACAAUGUGGCAUUUGGUAACAAAUCAGCCCGUUGGAACCGUUUCUUUGGCAUGUUUGCUAAUCUCCCCAUUGCCAUGCCUUAUUCCACAUCCUUCAAAAAGUACCACAUUGAUCAUCACCGAUAUCUGGGGGGUGACGGCUUGGAUGUGGAUAUUCCCACUGAUUUUGAGGGAAGGUUUUUCUCUACUCCUGCACGCAAGAUCAUCUGGAUCAUUCUGCAGCCGCUACUAUAUGUCCUACGACCUCUCUAUGUGAAUCCCAAGCCCAUCACCCACCUGGAGGUCAUUAAUGCCGUUGUUCAGUUUUCCUUUGACAUGAUGAUAUAUCAUUUUUGGGGGCUGAAGCCUGUUGUAUAUUUACUGGCUGGGUCCAUUCUGUCGAUGGGUCUGCACCCCAUAUCUGGGCACUUUAUUGCUGAGCACUAUAUGUUUUUAAGAGGCUAUGAAACAUACUCUUACUAUGGACCACUCAACCUUCUGACCUUCAACGUUGGCUAUCACAUGGAACAUCAUGACUUCCCCAGUAUUCCUGGAAGCAAGCUUCCAGAGGUACGUAGAAUAGCUUCUGAGUAUUACGACACCUUACCUUACCAUACAUCGUGGGGACGUGUUCUUUGGGACUUUGUAUUUUGCAAGGAAUUGGGACCUUUCUCCCGUGUCAAGAGAGAAUGUGAACUGGCAAAGAAGGACUGAAUUUCAGCGGACAAUUGAAUAUUAAUUUAUUUCUUGGUUAAUACAAAAAGCCUGUAUGUGUUAAUUUUCAUGGUUGUAUAGUGUUAUAUGAUUCAGCCUUCCCUAUACA